UGUCGGCAGUCAAAUCAAGUGCUCUGCAGCGCAUGCCCUUGCGCCGACCCACCCCACCGGGCGCGGGCGACGUUUCCGCCACCCAACCCCAUCAAAUGCCGGUUCGCAUUCGCGCCGGCCCUCUUCGCCAAGCGGCAUGAGGCCCACGAAGGGGUGGUGCACGCUGGAACACUUCCCCCCGGGCCUGGUUCCACCGCAUCGCAUUCUCCCGCCAAGCAAGGCGACGGACGAUGGCGAUUCAUCGGAGCGGCGAUGCCUCUACACCUGAUUUAGCUUAAUAAAGGGAAGACCGACCGCGCUAGCCCCCCAUCGCACUUGCCGAGCACGCCCAAGCCUUGGCCCACCCACGCCCGCCCUCAUCCACCCCCACGGGCCCUCUUCUGCCUGUCAGGCCCGGGAGAUGUUUUGGCCGAGAGCGCCCCUCGCUGCAGCCACUCAGCUGGCCGCGCUUGCGACGGCAAAUGCUUUGCACUCUCAUGCAUUCGCUGACCCAUCCGGUGCGGAAUGCUGUAGAUCGGCACUGAGCGCAGCACCGUCUGCUUUAAGCGUCACCCUAGCCAGCUCAGUGUCCAAUAUGACCGUUGCAAAGGCCACCACCCGUCAACAAGGCCAUGGAUUCCUCCACGCCCCCAUUACAGUCCGGGAUGGUAUCAGCCAGCCCCCGCUGUUGACACGGCCAUCAGCCCAUGGGAGCGUGUGCUCCAAUGUACCAGACUUCUCCUGUAUGCUGGGUUGUAGUGAGUAUCUGGCCGCGCAUGGUAGCCACGAGCUCGGGACGCAAAGGCGCCGCCUACCGCGCCACGGCAACAACCACGUACCGUCUGCUUGCCAGAGUCACAGCAUGGCAAAUCAGCUCGCUUAAUUCAGGAGCCGUGGCACGAUUCCCACCAACAACAGCACGCCGCGCCGGCAUAGCUUGCCCAUUUCCAAAUCGCAGAAAGUAAAGG